AUGGGAGGAUUAACAUCAGCUUCUAGUUUUAUUGCAUUGCUUGAAGAAGAGCAAGUUGAACUUCAAUCAUUUGCUCUUCAAAAGCUCGAUCAUGUUGUCGACGAGUUCUGGCCAGAGGUUGCUACAUCAAUCAACACCAUAAAACAAUUAUCAGACAAAAAAUCAUUUGCACAACAUGAAUUGGCAUCAUUGGUAGUGUCAAAGGUAUACUAUCAUCUUGGUGACUUUAACAACUCGAUGCAAUAUGCUUUGUCUUCAGGUGGACUCUUUAACGUACUUUCAAAGAGUGAAUAUGUUGAAACUUUAUUAUAUAAAUUCAUUGAUGAAUAUAUUAAAUUAAGAGCUCAAUCGGAUACCAUACCAGUAGAUCCACGUUUAGAAUCAAUCGUCAUGGGAAUGUUUGAAAGAUGUUUCAAGGAAGGAUCAUAUAAACAAGCUUUAGGUAUUGCAUUAGAAUCAAAGAGAUUAGAUAUCAUUGAAAGAUCAAUAGCCGACUCUGGAAACGUUGCUUCCAUGCUCACCUAUUGUUUAAAUAUUUGUAAUACCAUUGUCUCUAAUCGUACAUUCCGUCAAUCCGUUUUGGCCAUUCUUGUUAAAUUAUACCUCUCUCUUGAACAACCAGAUUUCAUCAGUAUCACUCAAUGCCUCAUUUUCUUGGAUGAUGCUGAACAAGUCUCAAAAAUUUUAUUAUCUUUAACUCAAAAGGAUGAAGACUCAUUAUUAUUAGCUUACCAAAUUGCAUUUGAUUUAUUCCAAAAUGGAUCACAACAAUUUUUAUUAAAUAUCCGUAAGACCUUACCAACACCAUUAUCAUCCGAGAGCAAGAUGGAUGUUGAGGGUUCUGCCAAGCCAGAUUCUCAUGAUUUACGUUUAGAGAGACUCCGUACCAUUCUCUCUGGUGACACUUCUAUCAAUUUAUAUUUGGAAUUCCUCUAUAGAAAUUGUAAUACCGAUAUGAAUGUUUUACAAAUUAUGAAGUCUGUAUCAGAAUUACAAAAAGGGGCAAUCUUUUAUUCUGGUACAUUAUUUGCCAAUGCUAUUAUGCAUGCUGGUACAACUAGAGAUACAUUUUUAAGAGAGAAUUUGGAAUGGUUAGCAAGAUCAACACAUUGGACCAAGUUUAGUGCCACCGCUUCUUUGGGUAUCAUCAACAGAGGACACAUCAAGGAAUCAAAGACCAUUUUAAAGAGUUAUCUUCCAGCCUCUACACCAAAUGCCCACCCAUAUUCAGAAUCUGGAGCCUUGUACGCUCUUGGUCUCAUCCAUGCUGGCCAUGGUGAAGCUGUCACCUCUUACCUUCAAGAGAAACUUCGUUACAAUAAUGUCAUCCUUCAACAUGGUGCUUCAUUGGGUAUUGGUCUUUCCGAAAUGGCCACUGGUAAUGAUGAAAUCUAUGAAGAUUUAAAGGGUAUUUUAUAUAAUGAUGAUGCAAUUUCAGGUGAAGCUGCUGGUGUUGCUAUGGGUUUGGUCAUGACUGGUACUGGAUCGAAAAAGGCAAUCAAUGAAAUGCUUGCCUAUGCUCAUGAAACCCAACAUGAAAAGAUUAUUAGAUCAUUAGCUCUUGGUCUUUCAUUUACCAUGUAUGGAAAGGAAGAAAGUGCCGACACUUUAAUUGAACAAUUAAUUUCAGACAAGGAUCCAUUAUUAAGAUAUGGUGGUAUGUAUACAAUUGCUAUGGCAUAUUGUGGUACUGGAAACAAUGAUGCACUUCGUAAAUUACUUCACUAUGCAGUUAGUGAUGGUAAUGAUUCUGUAAGAAGAGCAUCUGUUACAUGUAUAGGUUUUGUGUUGUCCAAGCAACCAGAAAAGUGUCCAAAGGCUGUCCUUUUAUUGUCCGAGUCUUACAACCCACACGUCAGAUACGGAUCUGCUUUGGCAUUGGGUAUCUCGUGUGCUGGUACUGGAUCGCGUGAAGCUUUGGAUAUCCUCAAGACAUUGACUCAAGAUACUGUCGGAUUGGUACGUCAAAGCGCCUGGAUUGCCAUUGCUAUGGUGUUGAUCCAAGGUACCAAGGAGCAAGUUGCCGAAGUCGAGACUUACCGCAAGCAGUUUAUCACUGUCAUCAACGACAAGCGUGAAGACGCCAUGUCCAAGUAUGGUGCCGUUCUCGCACAGGGUAUUAUUGAUGCUGGUGGUAGAAACUCGACCAUUGCAUUGCACUCACCAUCGGGACACAAGAACAUGCAUGCUAUCAUUGGUAUUGCCGGUUUCCUCCAAUUUUGGUACUGGUUCCCAAUGACCCAUUUCUUUGGUUUGGCCGUUACCCCCACCGCCAUCAUUGGUGUCAACAAGAACCUCGAGAUGCCAGUCUUCUCGGUCAAGUCCAACUGCAAGCCAUCUCUAUUUGGAUACCCACCAGAGACCAAGCAAACUACCACCAACGCACCCUCCAAGAUCGAGACUGCCGUCCUCUCCAUCACAGGCCGUAAGGGUAAGGGUGGAUUGUCGCACAGCCGUUCGUCCAUGAGUAUCGACCAAGAGAUUGAAAAGGAAAAAGAAAAGGAAAAGGAGCAAAAGGAACAAAAAGAAAAGGAGGAAAAGGAAAAAGAAGAAAAGGAAAAGGAAGAAAAGGAAAAGGAACCAGCAUUUGACCGCAAGCAAAAUCCAAUGAGAAUCGUACCAAAACAAUUGCCAUACAUUGUCUAUGACGACCCACGUUACGCUCCAAUCAAAAAGAAUCCUUCCAUUGGUAUUGUUUUACUCAAAGACAAGAAACCAGAGGAACCAGAACAAUUGGUUGCCUUGGAAAGACCAACCGUCAAGCCAAUCACUGCAUCAUCUGGAAAUACCGCCGCCGCUGCCUCGAAACCAGAUUUACCUGAACCAAAGACUCCUCAACCAUUUGAAUUUACUGAUUAA